CUUUUUUAUAAAAUGUUAAUCAAAUACAACUACCGACUGUUUCCUUGUUGAGAUUCAAUUGGCACAUGAAAAUUCGCGCUGAUUUGCCAAUCUUACAACACCAAUGAGUCAGUCAUUGGUAUGUGAUUAACUCUAGUCUGCGCUCAACUCUGUGGAGGAGUUGAGGUGCUUGGCAAAUCACAGUACAAUACACUACAGUAUCAACUGGCUGAAUUCAACUUUGGAUUGGAUAUCUGAUGCCUGUGUGUAGUCCACCAGCAGCGAUUCAUUCCAGUAUCGUGACGGGAGUGAGUCAGUUGGGCCGCUUGGUUCCACAAUGAGCCAAGGCAUAAUAAAGGAGGAAAUUCUUCGCGAUGAUCUAAAAUACUACUUCAUGAGCCCUUGUGAGAAAUACAGGGCCAGACGCCAGUUACCAUGGAAACUGGGGGUGCAGAUCCUGAAAAUCGUCAUGAUCACAUCCCAGCUUAUCUUGUUUGGACUGAACAACCAACUUGUGGUUUCCUACAAGGAGGAGAAUGCCAUGACCUUCAAGAACCUGUUCCUCAAGGACUAUAGCGGAGUUGAUGAGGACGAUUACAGUGUAGCUCUUUUCUCCCAACAAGCCGUCUAUGACAGUCUGUUCUAUGUGCUGGAUCAGUACCGCCAGUUGGGGCGCCUCUCUGUGGGGCCUAUCAGUUACGCUGAGGAGGAUGGGAAACUGUUACCUCUGGUCAUCUGUAAGGAGUACUACAAGAGAGGCAAUGUGGAACCCUCGGACGAGGCCUACGACAUUGAUGCUCAGUUAGAAAAAGAUUGUAUGACACAUGAUCCAACAAACGUGAGCCAGUGGAAAGCAGAAAAUGUGUCUUUUUUCAAUCUGGAAUUUUACAGGCUUGUUGAUAUCAAGAUCACUUUUCAACUUAAAGGAAUCAACCUACAAACAGUGCGCUCACAUGAGUUACCCGACUGUUAUGUCUUUUUUGUGACGAUCACAUUUGAUAACCAGUGUCACAGCGGAAAGAUAAAAGUCUUCCUCGAUAUUGACGCACUGAGCAGUGCGUGCAAAAACUGGAAGAUUUCAGGGACUGCUCAGAAGAACACGCACUACCUUCUGGUGUUUGAUGGCUUUGUCAUACUGGUUUGCCUGACCUCGGCCGUGCUAUGCACACGCUCCAUCGUUCUGGCAGUCAAAUUACUGCAGAGAUUUUCCAAGUUCUUCCGUGAGAAUUAUAAUCACAAGGUGUGUGAGACUGACCAAAAGGAGUUUUUAAACGGCUGGUAUGUUUUGGUGAUCGUCAGUGACGCUAUGGCCAUAGUAGGAUCCAUAUUGAAGAUGGAAAUACAAGCAAAGAGUCUUACCAGCUAUGAUGUGUGCAGCAUCUUUCUGGGGACUUCUACGCUGAUGGUGUGGGUGGGAGUGAUCAGGUACCUGGGCUACUUCCAAAAGUACAAUGUGCUCAUCCUGACUAUGAAGACUGCCUUCCCCAAGGUGAUCCGCUUCUGUUGCUGUGCUGGCAUGAUCUACCUGGGGUACACCUUUUGUGGCUGGAUCGUACUUGGCCCUUACCAUGAAAAGUUUGAGGGCCUGAGUCGGGUGGCCGAGAGCCUGUUCUCGCUGGUCAACGGCGACGACAUGUACACCACCUUUGCACAGCUGAAGGACAAAAACAGCCUGGUGUGGCUGUUCAGCCGCGUCUACCUCUACUCCUUCAUCUCCCUCUUCAUCUAUAUGGUGCUCUCGCUCUUCAUCGCCCUCAUCACAGACGCCUACGACACCAUCAAGAACUACCAGAAGAAUGGUUUCCCCAUGACAGACCUGCAGAGGUUCCUGAGAGAGCAGAAGGAUUUCCCCCCCAGUGAGGAGGGCAGCGAGAUGGACACAGAGAUUGGAAUGGGACACCCAGCGCUGUGCUGUUGCAGACGGGCUCCAAGCAAUGAUGACAUCAUACUCAUCAGCUGACAGCAGCCACACCUGGGAAUGUUGGGAGAAGAGAAUGAUUCUGGAAAUUGGGAACCCGGACCUCUGAAAUAGAAAUGGAAAUACUGUUCAAUAAUAUUUGGGACCAUGCAGGUUUUUAUAGGCAGAGUUUAUAUAUUUUCCACAGGGGAGCAAAUGUGGAAUAUAAGUGCCAAAUAAAGUUCUUUAUAUUGCCUUUUAAACAUUAAACUAAAAGCCAUGUACGAUAUCUGCUGGCUCAGAGCUAGCGGCUCUGUAUUAGCAAA